AUGGCUUCGGCGAGCAGUAUUGCUGCAGCCAUUGCUAGCAAAACCAAGACCAAAAAGAAGCACUUCGUUGCCCAGAAAGUGAAGCUCUUCCGUGCCAGCGAUCCACAACUCAGCGUGGUUAUGUGGGGUGUCAAUCAUUCGAUAAAUGAGUUGAGCCACGUUCAGAUUCCCAUCAUGCUCAUGCCUGAUGACUUCAAGGCCUAUUCUAAAAUUAAAGUGGACAACCACCUAUUCAAUAAAGAAAACAUGCCUAGCCAUUUCAAGUUCAAGGAGUACUGCCCCCUGGUGUUCCGAAACCUCAGGGAGAGGUUUGGCAUCGACGAUCAGGAUUUCUUGAACUCCCUGACUCGUAGUGCUCCGUUGAACAGUGAAGCCCAAGGACGAAGCGGUGCCCGUUUCCAUACCUCAUAUGACAAGCGCUAUGUCAUCAAGACCAUCAGCAGUGAAGAUGUGGCGGAAAUGCACAACAUUCUAAAGAAGUACCAUCAGUUUAUCGUGGAGUGCCACGGCAACACGCUGCUGCCUCAGUUCUUGGGGAUGUACCGGCUCACCGUGGACGGGGACGCAACUUAUAUGAUUGUGACACGCAAUGUCUUCUCCCACCGCCUUUCGGUCUUCAAAAAAUAUGAUCUGAAGGGUUCCACUGUGGCACGCGAGGCCAGCGACAAGGAAAAGCAGCCGCCCCCACCAGAGGAUGUGCCCCAGCGGCCCAAAUCUGGUAACGUUCAGCAAAGGCUGCAAACACUGCGGAUCGCUACGCGCUUUUACUGCGCCAUGAAACACGUAAGAGAUGCUAAGGAGCUUCCCACCUACAAGGACAACGACUUCAUCAACGAUGCCCAAAAGAUCUGCAUUAACGAGGAGAAUAAGAAAAUGUUCUUGGAGAAGCUUCGGAAAGAUGUGGAGUUGCUGGCACAGCUGAAGCUCAUGGACUACAGCCUGCUGGUGGGGAUCCACGAUGUGGAACGAGCAGAGCAGGAAGAGGUGGAGAGCGAGGACAACGAGGCCGAGGAAGAGGGGGCUGAGAGUGACGGUGGGGUCAUCGGGACCCCUCCGGACAGUCCGAGCAACACCCUGGACAGCACUAAGCCCCUGUCCCCUGGAGAGUUUGAUCCCACCAUUGACGUCUACGCCAUCAAGAGCAGUGAAAGUGCUCCUAGGAAAGAAGUUUACUUCAUGGCCAUCAUUGACAUCCUGCAACAUUACGAUGCCAAGAAGAAAGCCGCCCACGCCGCUAAGACGGUCAAGCAUGGAGCCGGAGCCGAAAUCUCAACAGUGAACCCCGAGCAGUACUCCAAGAGGUUUUAUGAUUUCAUCACCACUAUUCUGUCAUAGCCCCCGCGAGCACCAGGAAGUGCUUAGGCUGGGACGGACGGACGGACGGGCAGGGGUGGGGUCAGGGGGUGGAGACAAAUAAAUGAUGGAGGGAGAAUGCAGGUGCUGUCAUGUCCCCUUUACCCAUGACCUCGCCUCUCCCUGUUUGGCCUUCCUCUUACAGUGGGUGCCACGCCUUGCAGCAGCUAAAACAUUGUUCGUUUACAUUCAACCUCACCCUGAGUUUUACUUGGGUUUCCUUGGAUGAGGCAGUUGUCAAAAGUGUUGUUGUUUUUUUUCUCUCAAGUGUGUAAUUAGUCCUUUGUCUCGUCAUGUUGGUGGAAAUGUGGCUUUGAAAUUGGCUCGUACAGCUCGUCAUUUGUGUGUUUGUGUCAGACUCGCCCUUUCGAUGGCUAUCGGCUGGGCUCGGCUCGGCUCCGUUUUGGUGGAAGGGUGAGCUCGCAUGAUGUAGGAAACAAGUCUUCCACUAGGCGUUCAGCAGAAGCAACCACGAAAGCUUGUCCUUGCCGAUUGUUGUGUUGUUGAUGUCGCUCUUGCCAUAUUUGGAUACCGCGCUUCUCAUCCCGGGCAGUCAUUUUAAUUGUUAAGCGGACUGAAUAUGUUGGACUAAGGGACGCGAUGGGAACGCAGGCGUCAAAGUCAUUUCUGGGCUCUUGCCAUCAGCACCUUAUGUUAGGGAGGAAAAAAAAAAAUAGAAUGCACUUUUUUUGUUGUUACAGUCCACGACAAAACAUUUGACCGUUUAUUACAUUUGUUGCAACAACGAUGAAUAUUGUGUGGGGAAAAGCUGCAGGGACUCAACUCCGUUUGGAGAGCAACCACAAAAGUAUUAGAUUGGGAUGAGUGGAAAACACUUUUUUUCUCCAUACAGUAUGGACCAUAUUGCUGCCUCACACUUGUGGGAGCGGAAAUAAACAAGCUGCAUCCCUAAUUUCAAAGUCAGUGCAACUUUUUUAAGGAAGCUACUAAUCAUUGGUCUAGCAAUGCUUCCAGAUGCAAAAAUAUGGUGAUCUCGAAAUGUUUGACAUGGACUUCAUCUAAACAAUAUUUGACCCGUUUUGUUUGGAGAACAUCUUAAUGCUCAGUCUGUAGUUGCAAGAUGAAUGACAUCACUUCCUUAUUUUGCAUUCUAGUGGCAAAUAUGUUUAAUAACGGUGAGAGUCGCAGCCCCCUGUCCUUGUGUUAGUAACCACGUUUCUCUUUAGCUGGUAACUUUCUUGGAAAGUGUUUUUUGAGAGCUGAUACAGGAGCAUGUUUUCAGGGGCGGUCCCCAUUUGUGUUGGAGAUUUUUUUGUAUAUUUUGCACACAAGGAUAGGAACCAAAUGUUACGGACAACAACCCCAAUUAUUUGAUGCGGUCUUAAGAAGGGAAAUGCAAUAUAUAUGUGUGUGCGCGCGUGUGUUGAAGUGAGAAAAGUGGUUGUCGCGUGUAACGUGUAGUACUUCUGUAUAAUUAAAGCAAGUAACGUCGUCCUCUUUGACCUAUUUUAACCAGUGCAAAAAGUUUCCAUCACAAUAUGUUUGUGUAGAUAUGAGAUUAUAUUCACAUUUAUAUUUUUACAUUGGAUUUUAGUCAUGAAUAAUUGUAUUAAAAUCAAAAAAGUCACUCAAGUGGAUGAAUGACGGUGCUGUGGUAAAUGAAGAAUAAUUAUGCUUGAAUUUUUCAAAUGCUUACUCUGAUGUGCUUCAAAAAGUUGUUUAAAAAAAAAAAAAAAAUUGCAUGUCACAGGACUAAGUUUCCUUUACCCUCUAGUCAGUGUUGUUGUCUGUUGAGGUUAUUUUGGUGUCUCUACACCUUUUUUAAUGUGUGAGCUGUUUGACAUCAUAUAGUAGCCCACUAUGCUUUAACUGUUUUCAUUGUUACACUGUGCAAAAUGUGUGCCUUUAUACUCCGGAAAACGAUUUGGUUUUAUAUUUUGUAAUCUUUUUUUUAAUAAAUGUCAAAUGUUAUUUUGAUAAUAGGGUGUUUUACUUUGCUAUGUAUUGCAGCCCCCAUCCCUCCCGAUUGUAUGUUUAGACUUCAUGUUUUGAAUUGUAGAACCAUUUGGUUGGUGUUAAAACAAGCUGUGUUCACAUUUGAGAUUGUGCUCGAGUCCUAUUCAUCCUUGCAAUUGUCUCCCUGCCUUUUUACCUGUGUGGAUGUGCUAACUGGCACUUUUGAGGCUGUCAGCCAUCAUCACAUGUAUCUUUAUUGUGUGUUAUUUCUCACAUUGACCUAUAUAAUUUUUUUUGCUUCCACACGUUAUGUGUGUGGAUAUUCAAUUUUCAAAAACGUCCCACCAGCUUAUUAUCCAUAACCGUAACUUAUACAAUACUCUGUAAAAAGGGAGACUCACAUUUAAGUCUGUUUUUGGCCCUGGAGGCUUCCUUGUAAACAUGAAUGAAGUGGAAACAACAGUGUAUACUUGGAAAGAGUUCUUUUUUUGUAUUUUAUUUGUAUCAACGGUUAUCAAAAUGAGGGCAAUGCCAGAUUUCAGUAGAGUACUGCAUUUUAUUUUAUUAUUUUUUUUGCUUUUCAAUGCUCUCUAGCUGCCUACAACUUGCCAAAAGCAUUUUUUAACAAACCAAAUGAGAUGAGAUGGAAGGACAUAGUAAUGUGUCAAAUGUCUGACGGCUUAUGUAGUGAGGAAAGAACACUUUGUGUUUGAAUAUGAAAUGAAUUGUGUGGAGGUCAGGCAAGAGAGAGACCGAAAAUGUCCUGCAUUUGGCUUUUUGUGGACUGACAACAUCAGUAUCCCAAAAACAUACAACCAACUUUAUGAACAGAAAAAGGAGGUUCAGGCAUACACUUCUAUUAUUUGUUUGAGCGUUGCACGUGCGGUUGUGAGUGAGUGAGUGAUUGUGAUUGGUGCUGUUUGUGAAAGUUCAGUGGCAUUAUGCCCCCCCCCCCCCCAGAUGUUUAUUGUUCUUAACAUUUAAUGAUAAUGAAGUCCGCAUUCCACAAGCAUUCACUGAAAUCAAUUAAAGCACUUGUUCUGCUUGA